CUGAUUUUUUUAACGUGGGAAUUUCAGAAUUUCGUAGACGAUGAAGUCGUAGUAUCGAAGGUUAGCAAGCAGCCAAGUGAUGAGAAUGAUGUGAAAUACGCUCGAUUUUGGAUUUAUUCACAUCAUAUAUAUGAUAAAAUUAAGCGAAAAAUAAUUGACGACACAGCAAACGCGCUUCAUUUGAAUGGAUUCUUUUGUUCUGGUAAACCAGGCGUGAUCAUUGUGGAAGGUUUGCGUAAAGACUGUGAUCGGUUUUGGGAACAAAUUCGUACUCUCACUUGGAAACGUAUAACAUUACGUCAUAAUGAAGAGUACGCGGAUUCAUCGUUUUUGAGGCUAGGAAAAUUUCGCGAAAUUCAUUUUUCACGUGUUGAAUAUUUGUCAGAAUUGAAGAAAGAACUAGUCAAAGCUGAUUUAGAGUAUGGUUUUACAUUGUUAUUAAACCUUUAA